AGAAAAUUGCUCCCUGCUCACAUCAUCUCAUGCUUCUGUUCUGCAGCAAGACAGCAAGCCUGUGCAAAUGAUGAUUCAGAACAGCACGUUUAAGGUGGCCACGGUGGCUGCGGAGAAAAUGAAGAUCCUGGAGCUUCCGUAUGCCAGCGGAGAGCUGAGCAUGUUGGUGCUGUUGCCUGAUGAGGUUUCUGGCCUGGAGCAGAUUGAGAACAAAAUCAGCUUUGAAAAACUCACACAGUGGACCAGUCCCAGUGUGAUGGAAAGGAAGGUAGUGAAAGUGUAUCUCCCUCGCAUGAAGAUUGAAGAAAAAUAUAACCUCACAUCUGUCUUAGUGGCCUUGGGAAUGACUGACCUGUUCAGCCCUUCAGCCAAUCUGUCUGCUAUCUCUUCUGCAGAGAACCUGAAGAUGUCUCAGGCUGUGCAUGGGGCAUACAUGGAAGUCAAUGAAGCGGGCACAGAGGUGGUAGGCUCAACAGGGGUGAUGGGAGACAUCAAGGAUUCCUCUGAGUUUGAAGAGUUUAGGGCUGACCACCCAUUCCUCUUCUUGAUCAAACACAACCCAACCAACAGCAUUGUCUACUUUGGUAGAUAUUGUUCCCCCUAAAAAGAUAAAGAGCUGGAAAUAACACAUGCCUUUCCCUCAGAAAGAAAAUCCCUUUACUGUAGUGUUGUAGAGUAAUCUUAUCUCUUCAGUAUUUUCUACAGCUGGAAAGCCUGUUUUGGAAGCUUCUGUAGCAAAGACAUACCUUCAGGUGAGGAAACAGCACCAAGCAUGGUUACUACUUCUUUUCUCAUACUGGUUAUAGAAUGGCUUGAGCUGAGCAAAGGCUGAACCAAAGAGAAGGUGAGAAUGAAAGCACUCAUCAGCCAGGAAAGGGCCAAGUGAUUUUCACUUAAGGAACAAAUUGCAGGCAUGACCCCGAGUCACUGGGAACCUAUCACAUAGAAGGCCAUUGGCUGUGGUCAUCCCAAUCCCCAGCAGGAUCCUGCUGACAAACCCGUGUUGCCACUCCUGAAAUGUGAGCUUUGAGAUCUCCAGUCUCGAGGAGAUGCUUGUGGAAAAGUUUCUAGUGUGC